ACAGCCGUAGCGCAGCAGGACAGAUCUGUGAAGGUGCUGAAUUGCAACAUAUUAAAACUGCUCGCAUGCAGCCAUCACCAGAUCGCAGCAAAGAUUGGAUAUCUCAUCGCCUGCAUUGGGCACGCCUCGGUAGGAUCACUUCACAAUGUAAUCUGCUGUUCCUUAGAUUCAAACGUUAUAGAUCCUUAUUCACGGGAAGAACAAGCUGAGUUUGCGAAAUGCGAUUCAAUGUGCGGAGGACCAGAGCACGCAGCUACAGCCUCGCAUUCUUUCUGCACUCAAAACAUCUUUCAUGCACCUCUACCCCUGGGAACGGUCCCAGACAAUGCACUCGGAUAUGUCUCACACGAUGGACACUCCUUCGAUUGCAAGGAUCCAGCGUUGUUACGCCAGUCGUUCCAUGUGUAUGUCUUUCGAAUGAUCUCGGAAGACAUGCAUUAA